AGACGUGGAAAUUAGAAUCACAUCACGUAUGAACGAAAGCAGUUUCAAGAAUUUCUGAAAUACAUAGAAAGAUACUUUGUAGUGCAUGUAAUUAUAUAUUUGAACGCCAGCAAAAUGAUUGACAUGAAUUCAAAAGAGAAAAUUAAUGAAAGUGUGCUGAAGUUGACAGACAGCAUUCACUAUGAAGAAAUUAAGGGCACUCAUAAUAUCGUGGUGGCUACUAUCUCCGUGCUUAAGGAAAUUAUCAAUAAUACACACUGGAAUACAGCAAAAGAUUUAAUGGAUAUUAUUGUGCAAAAUGGAAAGUACCUCAUUAAAACGCUUCCUCUUGAAGCAUGUAUCGGAAAUAUGGUAAGAAAAAUAUUGCAGAUCAUUAGGGAAGAAUAUACUUCGGAAUUGAAGAGUAAGACAGAUGAGACGUAUCCCCAGGAAUCCUUGCACAAAAUUCUUACUGCUGAGGAUAACCAACAGAUAGAUUUCAAUGUUUCGGUACCUUCUCUCAAGGCCUCUCUCAUCGAACACAUUAAUGAAUUUGAAACGGAAUUAGAAACAUGCUCAGAAAACAUCACACGACAAGCAUCCGAGCAUAUACACUCGAAUGAAAUUAUAAUGACCAUCGGCAAGUCGAAAUUAGUAGAGGAAUUUUUCAAAAAAGCUGCUGCUACCAGGGCCUUUGAUGUUAUAGUAGCUGAAGGUGGACCGUCUCUAAGCGGUCAUGAAAUGGCAGUGAAUUUGGCUAAGGCAAAGAUCAAGACCACACUGAUAUCAGAUGUAGCGAUCUUUGCGAUGAUGUCCCGAGUCAACAAAGUCAUCAUUGGCACUCACACAGUCAUGGCAAAUGGUGGACUUCGAGCGAUCUCGGGCGCACACACUGUCGCGCAAGCCGCCAAACAUUAUUCUGUCCCAGUAAUGGUUUUGCUGCCUCUCUACAAACUGGCGCCCCUUUAUCAUUGCUCGGGCAAACAAAAUGGUUUUAACUGUCACGUUUCACCAAUGAAUGGCGUAAUCGAUAGUGCCAACGCACCAUUACUAGAACGAAUACAUGCUUACAAUCCUGUGUUCGAUUACGUUCCACCUGAACUUGUUACAUUAUUCAUUUCGAAUACAGGUGGAAAUGCGCCAUCUUAUGUAUAUAGAUUGCUUAGUGAAUUGUACCAUCCUGACGAUUAUGAAUUAUAAACAAUUGUGUAUGUAAACUAA